UCUGGAGUUCCUCAGUGCUGCUGGAGGAGGAGAGGUGCGGACCUUACCGCCGGGACAAACAUCAUGUGUUGACAAGUCAACCAUGGAUGUGUUUAUUGCUUUUGGAUGAUGCUUCCGGCGCGCAUAUAGAAGGUCUCCAGACCAUCUGAUCCCAUCUGCCUCUGAGGACAGGGAGCAAAUGCCAAUCAACUGAAAAAAGGAUUAAAUCAGGAAUUUGUCACCUCAUCUAAGUAGGUGUGAAUUGCUGGCUGGGAAUCAUGGGGAACCAGCUGACUGAUAUCGCUCCAAACACGCCGUUCCUGCCAAACUUCCAGUCUCUGCACGUGGUGGUUAUCGGGCUCGACUCAGCUGGCAAAACCUCUCUGCUCUACAGGCUCAAACUGAAGGAGUUUGUGAAGACGAUCCCCACCAAGGGCUUCAACACAGAGAAGAUUAAGGUGGCUGUGGGGGCUUCUCGGUCCAUAACCUUCCAGGUUUGGGAUGUUGGUGGGCAGGAGAAGCUGCGCCCGCUGUGGAAAUCUUACACCCGCAGAACGGACGGGAUGGUGUUUGUGGUGGACUCCACUGAGUUAGAGCGUAUGGAGGAAGCCAAAGUCGAGCUCCAUAAGAUCACCCGCACCUCAGAGAACCAGGGUGUCCCGGUGCUGAUCCUGGCCAACAAACAGGACCUGGAUUCGGCCUUGUCUGUCAGCGAGGUGGAGAAGCUGCUUUCCGUACACGAACUGAGCAUGUACACACUGCAUCACGUGCAGAGCUGCAGCGCUGUGGACGGUCAGGGAGUCCAGCCAGGCCUGGAGAAACUUUAUGAGAUGAUCCUCAAGAGGAAGAAGAUGGUGAAACACAACAGAAACAGAAAGAGAUGAACCCUCAGCUCACACUGUGGAUAUUACCUGAGGAGAUUUAUCCACUGUUGAGACACUUCCAGGCUUAAUGGUCCCUUUUAAUGGGAGAGCGAUUUGUGCCAACAAAAUAACAAUUACACAUGGCCUUAGGGUCAGGAGGAAUGGAUUUGGUCAUAAUAAUUGAAGCAGUAUUGACAUAUACUUUGUUCUACAAUCGUGCAGCUGCCCUUUGAAAGCUUAAGCUAUAGAUUGAAAGGAAACCUUGAUAGCGUUAGUCUUCCCUAAGUGCUUUUCUACACUUGUUUUAAAGAAGAUUUCUAACAAGGCAUUUGCCUGGUAACUUUAGGACUAAUAUAUGAACUCAUUUACAUUCAUGCAGCAGGUAUAUGGUGAAGAAAAAUAUGAAAUUAAACUGAAAAAUGUCAUUAUAUUCCUUCACUGGCUUGCACAGAUUCUGCCCCACUAAAUAGGUGUUUUUGUUCCACAAUGUAUGGAUACUUCCCCAAGAUAUUUACUCCACAUUUUUGUGUUUGUGCUGGAGAUGAAGAUUUCUGUUCUUGUAAAUGAUAUAUAAUGGAAGUGUGAAAGCGCCAGAUGAUAUUUAAUUUCAUUGCCAUUGAACAAUAAUCCAAAGUGCAUUCCCUUCAUGGCCACAGAGGUUAAGUUUCAGUUCCUUUAACAAUAGUGUUUAUACGAAUUGUACAUUUUUGUAACACUGAAGACUUAAUAAAUCAAAGCA